GGAAGGCCCACAACCCUGUGUGAGACGAUGGGGAAAGCAGAGAUAUGGCUAAUCAGAACAUACUGGGAUAUUGAAUUUCCACGCCCUUUCCUGCCCAACUUUGAGUUCGUUGGAGGACUUCAUUGCCAGCCUGCAAAGCCGUUACCAAAGGAAAUGGAAGAAUUUGUUCAGAGCUCAGGGGAACACGGCAUCGUGGUAUUCUCUCUCGGGUCGAUGGUCGACAACCUAACUGAUGAAAAAAGUAAUGUGAUUGGCAGAGCCCUCAGCCAGCUUCCACAAAAGGUCCUCUGGCGGUACAAAGGGAAAAAACCAGAAACUCUGGGCUCCAACACCAGGAUUUAUGACUGGAUACCCCAAAAUGACCUGCUUGGCCAUCCCUUGACGAAGGCCUUUAUUACUCAUGGUGGGACCAAUGGGAUCUAUGAAGCUAUCUACCAUGGGAUCCCGAUGGUUGGGAUUCCCAUGUUUGCUGACCAGCCUGACAACAUUGCUCACAUGAAGGCAAAGGGAGCUGCAGUUGAGGUGGAUUUCAGCACACUGAAGGCACAGGACCUAAUUGAUGCACUGAAUACAGUCAUUAACAAUUCCACCUAUAAGGAAAAUGCUCUAAGGUUAUCCAAGAUACACCAUGACCAGCCAGUUAAGCCUCUGGACAGAGCUGUCUUCUGGAUUGAAUUUGUCAUGCGUCACAAAGGAGCAAAGCACUUGAGACCAGCUGCUCACCAUCUCACCUGGUACCAGUACCACUGCCUGGAUGUUCUGGCAUUCUUGUUCACCUGUGCAGCCAUUGCUGUCUUCAUUCUUGUUAAGUGCUGCUUAUUUUGCUGUAGGAGAUGUGGCAGGAUUACAAAGAGGAAGAAAGAAUAGACAUCCUGUUCCCAUCAGCACUUUUUCUUCUCCUA